AUCAGCUGCAUCGGUUCCCUUUCGAUAAUAAAUGAAAAUAUUAUUGAGAAAAAAUUUCUAAUAAUAUUCGAAUUUCAUCUAGGAAAAUCCCAUUUCUUCUUUCAUCUGGAUCUUCGUACUAUUCUGAUCUAAUAUUUCUUCGUGGAAAUUAAUCGAUGUGAAGAAAACCGAACUAGAAAGUCGUCUUGCCAAGUGUAGUUAAAUGUGUUUUCACUACGUUUUAUCUUUAAAACAUUCGCCACAAAAAGAUGUAACUCGAAAGAGAAAUUAACUCGAUUCGAUCGUCAUCGUGAACUUCAUCAUCGUAUUCUGAUACUUCAACUCUCCCAUGGGAAAUUGAUCUUGGAUUCUUGAUACCAGCUGCUCAAAACCCUCAUCAUGGAUGUCGAUUACUUCCCCAGGUUGACCGAUCUAUCACUUGAUGCAUUUCUAGAAAGUUUAAGAAUAGAUACGAUCGACUUGAAUAAUGUGCUCGCUUUCUCCAACUCUGUCUUCUUACCCGAGCAACUUUCGGAAACACUGAUCACAAAGAUGAGUGCUAAAAACCUACUGAAUCACCAGACAAUCUCGUUAUUCGAACCAACAAAUACUAGAUUGAGAAAAAUAUCAAUACCAGAUGCUUCCUCUGCGAUCGACGUUGCUGAGUUGCAAAUUUUCCAGAAACAUAAACUAAAAGAAAUACGAUUGGGUGGAUUGCAAAUCACCAUCGAUACAUUGGUCGACUCGUUGAACGAAUGGACUCGACUUAAUUUAGAAAAACUGAGCGUUUCGAAAGCUGCGUUUCCUCUGUGUUUCUCCGAACGAUACCUUCCAAUCACAUCUCCGAUCAUUACGUUGAAAAAUCUACGCGAAUUGGAUCUGAGUGAAACGAAUUUAAAUCUACAUUUGCUCGAUGUCAUCGUAGAAGAAUUACCUUUGAUGGAAUCGUUGAAUAUUUCCAAUACUGGCAUUAAUGAUUUAUCUUGUUUGCUGAAAUGUAAAUCUAGAUUGAAAACAUUGAUCAUGUCUAAUGUCUUUCUGUUACCUUCGAAUUGUAACGAUGAAAUGUUAGAUCACGUGUUUUUCCAUCUCGAUGAAUUGAGGCAUUUGGAUAUCUCGUUUGAAAAAUUCUCGAACCCUGUUCACAUAAUUACAGCUCCUGAUCUGAGUCAUACUUUUCCCAUCACUCAUCUCGUGGAUAAGUUACCCAAAUUAGUAUCUCUGGACAUCUCUGGUAAUGAAUCCGUAUCAGAAGACGUUCUGAUCGCGUUCCUUCAAAGCCACGAAAAUUUGAAAUUUUUUGGAUUACUGGAUACAGGAUUGUGCAAUAGCGAUGUGUUUUUAAAUACUCAACACUUCUUAUAUCGUCCAGAUCUUCUGGUCACUGGAUCUGCUUCAUUAGAUCAAAUCGUACUCAGUUUGAAAUUAUAUUCAAAAAGAACAAUUUUCUUGCAAAGUACAUUAUAUAAUCUAUAUUCGUCAUCAGAUCGUAAAGAUUUUGGUCCUCGACCAGAUCUCGUCAAGAUCAUGACAGACGUAAUGAAAACUCAUUCGAUGAGUUUCAAAGUUCAGUUAGCUUGUACCGCGUGUUUGUAUAAUUUAACGAAAAGUGGAUGGUUUGAUAACGAUACAUUUGGUAUUCCUUCGACUUUGAUGACCGAAGUUGCUCAUCUUAUUCUGAACGCGAUGAGUACUUUUGCAAAGCAUCCUCAGUUACAGAAAAAUGCCUUACUUACGUUAUGUAACGAUCGAAUGUUGCAGAAUACGAAUAUGGAUAGAUAUCGAUGCGCUCGACUUGUAUUGGAUGCUUUAUGUAGAUUCACCGAUGAAGCUACUCAAAGACUUUGUGUUGCCAUAUCGAGUAUUGUUGUUGCGAGAAUAUCUACAGACCAAAUGAACGAAUUGGGAUCAGAAAAACGAUACAUGCAAAAGCUGCUAGCCUUAGUGAAAAGAAAACUGGACAUCAUAGCUGCAGAUCCUACGCUAGGUUAUGCAUUGAGCACUCUGUGGAACAUCACAGACGAGUCUCCACAAACUUGUACAGUAUUCUUAGAACAAGGCGGUCUGGAGCUAUUCACGAAAAUGUUAGACGAAUACGUCGAUUGUGACCCAGUCUUGACUAAAAUACUCGGUUUACUCAAUAAUAUCGCCGAAUUCGCCGAUUUGCGGAGUUGUCUGAUGACAUUCGAAGUGAUAAAUCCUAUUCGGAAUUUGCUCGGUUCAGCUUCCAUCGAGAAUAGUUACUUUUCAGCUGGAAUUUUAGCCAACUUGAUUUCACCCGGUCCUCAAGUCUGGACUAUUGAGAAAAUACCCCGAGAUGAUAUUUUGAUCGAACUUAGCGAAUCGAUCAGUCGUUGGAAACAUAUCGAAGGUGAAAUGGUCGCGUAUCGAUCGUUUCGUCCGUUUUUGCCUCUUUUGAAUUGUUACGAAACGUAUCAAGCUCAGUUAUGGGCUUUGUGGGCUGUGCAACAUGUACUCACCGUUAAUGCAUCACGUUAUUAUCGUAUGGUACUGGAAGAGAAAUUAUGCGAUAUAUUUAUGGAAUUGAUUCAACGAAGUGAUACCAAUCCAUUGGUUAAACAACAAGCUGAAAUAAUUCUUCAUCAACUUCACGAAUACGGAAGAAAGAAAAUCACAGUCUUUAAAUUUUGAACUAAUUUAAGACCUAUUUUAUUUCUACUUCUCUUCGUAUACUUCAAUGAUUACUUCAUUUUCAUAAUAAUUUGUUUGUGUGAGCCGGAAUUCCGAGUACCUGAACCUGCUGUUUGCGCAGUAGGUACGUUACGUAUGUGUAUAUGAUUUUAUACAUUAUACAUGCAUAUUAUUUUAUAGACUACCUUCGUGUGUGGCUUUGUUGAUAUUUACAUAUUUUUCCUAUCUUUCUAUAUACGGCGGAAUUUCAAUUGACUGGUUUUAUCUUCAUUUUUUAUAAUAUCGACGCUGUUUUGAAUUGUUCUAAAGUGUCUUUUGACGUGGAUUUUUUUUUUUUUUUUGAUUCGGUGGUGUUAAUUUCGAUUGACUGAUACGUUGUAAAAUUUUGUUUCUUUUUUGCCCCGUUGAAUUGGAUGGUUGAGAUUCUACCGUAUUAUUUAUUAUGUGUUAAGGAUCGUUAUUUUAUUUCUCGAAACUCGCAUUAUCGUUUAUUAUUAGAUUCGAUUGUAGUUACAUAAAAUUUGGAAUGAAAAUAUUGACUGGUAAUUUUUAUUUUACACGAAGCAAGCGUAAGAAAAUGAUGAGAGUUGUUUUGGGUCUAUUUUAAGGUCAUUGGAAUGAUCCUAGAAGAAAUAAAAAUCGGUUGAAGGCUCGAGAAUCGCUGAAAAGUGGUCUAAAUUGGAUUUCUGGUGAUGAACAAAGAAUCAUUUUUUUUUUCACACUAAUUGAAUUAAUUUUUUUGAGUUUUUAAAAAUUCACAAAGAAAUUGGAAAAUUAAUUUUAGCGCCGGAAAUUAUUUUUUUUGGGGGGGGGGGGAGGCGGUCAGAAAGUAUCGUUUAUGUUCAUCUAGCAAAAUUAGAUUCAGUGAGUUUGGAAAGGUGUGUUUUGUGAUUUUUUGAACACCUGUAUGUUCCAAAAUUGAAAGUGCUCAAUUUUCCAAAAUCAAUAAUUAGUAUUUUUGUUUUUGCUCUUUAGGGAAUUUUUGCAACACCUCAGAAUGAAAUUCGAGCUGCCUGAGUUAGACCUACUGAUCAUCUUUGAAAAGAUCAAUAUCCUCAGUCUUCAGUUCUCUUGAUUGAAAAUAAGUAUGACAAAAUCGAUUUUCGAAUGAACCCUUUUCGGAACAUAAUUUUGGUUAAUGUUGGUUAAUUUUCACCUCACGAAAACAAAGAUGCUGAAACGAAACAAUACAAAUGAUAAUUAAAGCUUUUUUUUUAUCGUGAUCGAGUUUUGAUCAAGAGGUCAUUUCAUUUCGAAAAUAAUCUAUCUUACGGAAUUGGAAAUCGGAAAAAACUCGAUUUUUGGGGUUCGAUUAAUCGAUUUUUUAUUGAGAUCAAUUUUUGAUCGGGAAGCUCAUUAUUUUCGAAUCUGAAAUUAGUUCUUCAUUUCGAGCAAGAUUGAUUAUCAGAUUAUACGAAAUCAAAAACUACCUAUAGAUAAGUCGAUUUUUAGGGUUCGAUUAACCGAUUUUUAAUCAGAUAAAUUUUUGGUCGAGAAAUCGAUUUUUGAGACAUUUUUUUUUUUUUUUUUUUCAAACAUAAUCAAUUAUACGGUAUUGAAAAUUGUGGAAAAAUCGAUUUUCAAAAGUCAAUCGAAUUUGGAUUAUGAUAAAUUUUUGAUUGGAAGUGUAUGUAUAGUUACUUUUUGAAGCUUGAAGCUAAAAUUUAUUUUUUAUUUCAAGAACGAUCGAUCACACAAAAUCAAAAAUGGCAAAAAUCGAUUAUUGAGAUACGAUAAAUCGAUAUUUUCAACAAAUCAAUUAUGAAGAAUCGAUUUAUCGAUUUUUGAAAUUCAAUCUACCGAUCAUUGAAAUUCGAUGUAUUGGUUCGAGGUUCGAUUUAUCGAUAAUUGAGAUUCAAUUGAUCGAUAAUUGGGAUUCAAUUUAUCGAUUCUUAAGAUUCGAUUUAUCUAUUAUUGACAUUCGAUUUAUUGGUUCGAUGUUCAAUUUAUCGUUCAAUGAAAUUCGAUUUAUCGAUCAUUGAAAUUCAAUUCAUCGAUUCCUAAAGUUUGAUUUAUUGAUUCCUAAAAUUCGAUUUAUCGAUUCUUGAAAUUUGAUUUAUCGAUUAUUGAAAUUCGAUUUAUUGGUUCGAUGUUCGAUUUAUCGAUCAAUGAAAUUCGAUUUAUCGAUAAUUGAGAUUCGAUAUUUAUCGAUCAUUGAGAUUCAAUUGAUCAAUUCCUAAAGUUCGAUUUAUCGAUUCCUAAAAUUCGAUUUAUCGAUUCUUGAAAUUUGAUUUAUUGAUUAUUGAAAUUCGAUUUAUUGGUUCGAUGUUCGAUUUAUCGACCAAUGAAAAUCGAUUUAUCGAUAAUUAAGAUUCGAUAUUUAUCGAUCAUUGAGAUUCAACGAUUCUUAAGAUUCGAUUUAUCGAUUCUUGAGAUUCAAUUUACCUAUUGAUUCUGGAGAUUCGAUAUAUCGAUCAUUGAGAUUCGAUGUAUCGAUCAUUGAGAUUCGAUGUAUCGAUCAUUGAGAUUCGAUGUAUCGAUCAUUGAGAUUCGAUGUAUCGAUCAUUGAGAUUCGAUGUAUCGAUCAUUGAGAUUCGAUGUAUCGAUCAUUGAGAUUCGAUGUAUCGAUUCUUAAAAUUCGAUUAUUCGAUUUUCAAUCAUGAUUAAUCUAUUUGUGAGGCUAAAAUUGAAGUCAAGUCGAGAAAUUUUCUCUUCUGUUCUGAUUCUUCAAAUUUUAGGACGAUUUAAACCCUUCCUUGUCCUCUUUCCUAAACUCAUCGUGACUUCCAAAUUCCAUACGUUUCCAAGUCUCCAACUUAUUCAUUUCAAUUUUUUGGUAAAAACAAAAUGUCAUAAGACGUGAACUUUCAAAGUUUUCUAAAAUUUUGGUGCUAAUAAAUCCACUUGAUCCUUGAGACUCAUUUUUCAUGUUUUUUUUUUUUUUUUUUUUUUUUUAUCCAAGAAGUUAAUUUGAAUGAUGCUGAAGUGCCCAAAAAUGACUGAAAAUAUCAAUUUUUAAAAUAUAAAAUUAUAAAAGUUCUGCUCUGGUGAUUUUUGUAAACAUUGAAAAAAAAUCAGUUUUUUUUUCAUUUUAUUUAUCUUCUUUUUUUUAAUUUUAAAUUUUUUUCAUUUUAUCCCUUUUUUAAAAAUUGAAUUAUUUGAAAAAUUUUCUGUUAUAUGGCAAUAGUCUUGUUUUUUGACAAAAUUGCCAGUUUGGCCCAAAUCCUGCACCCUUUUUUGAUUUCUGCUUCGAGACUUCCUAUUUUGAAAAAUUCGCCAAAAAUCAAAAAUUCAACUUCUCAACUCAAAAUGUGGUUCUGAGGUGUGGCCCUCAUACAUAUAUCUAUCCAGUGUUGCCAAAUUUCAGCACAAUAUCAGCUAAGGAGGUUGUAGGUUAUCUUUGCCAUUCAGGGCUGUUAAAUUACCGUAAUUUAUUCACUGGUAAAAUACGGCGGUAAAAUACGGUAAAAUACGGUAUUUUACGGUAUUUAUGGUAUUUUACUAAUUUGGAUAUGAAGAGUUAUUUUUUGUAGUUUGACUUCGAAGUUGUGAACUUCUGACCUGCCUCUGAAGUAAAUUUUCAUCUGUUUUAGGUGUUAUUAAAGAUUAUAGAAAAUUUUCCAUGGACAUUUUUUGGAAAUUUAUGGGGAAAAUUUUUGGUAACUUUCAAAUCAUAAAUUCCCAUGGAAAUUUGGAAAUUUAUGAAGGAAAGAUGGAAAAAACGUGUUAAUUUGGCUUUUUGGUAAAUUAUGGUAAAAUACGGUAAUAAACUUUUGGUAAAAUACCGUAAAAUACGGUAAAAUACCGCCGUAAUUUACCAACAUAAAUUACCUUACAGCCCUGUUGCCAUUGUAAUAAAAAACAUCAGUCAACAUUUUCUUGUCACAUUGAAUUACGUAUAUUCUAUAGUUUGACUGUUUUCGUUAAUAAAAUUCUUAAAACAUUA